AUGAGUGAAAGCAGUCCAGAAAAAAAACAAGAAGAAUUAGAAAUGACUUCAUAAUAAAAAGAUAAUGGAACCAAUAAUUAAAUACUUACUGUUUUAAAUGAUUAGUAGGAAGAGGCUUAGCAAGAAUAAUAACCAUUAAAUAUGUAGGAUGGAUAAGAUGAACCUUCAAUGUUGACAAUUCCUGAGGAAGAAGAAGAUAAAUUUUAUCCUUAUUAUCACGGUGAGAAAAGUUGGAUAAUAUCAAAGUUUUUUUUCUUACAUCUGACAGAAUAUUCAUUAUUUUUAAAGAGAAAUGUAUUAGACAAAGGACAUAAAAUUCUCGAAAAACACCUACCAAAAUUAUCACCUUGGGAAGACUUAAAAGAAUCUGUGGAAGUUUCAUAAAAAACAGUGAAAUAAAAAAAAAAAAUUUCUUGUGGUGAUUUAGUGAAAAUUAUAUUUUUUGGUUAAUUAAAGUGGAUAAGUUUAGGAUGUUUUUUCUCAUAUAGUUUAGAAGCUCUUGUAAGAAAUGGCGUAUCAAUAGUAAUGAGUAAAGUAAUUACGAGUGCUGCAAAUAAUGAAAAAGAUAAUGCAUAUGGAUUCGCUACAUUGUUGGUGUUUCUAAAUUUAUUAUGUGUUUUUACAAGACAUCAUGGUUAUAACUUAGCUAUGAUUNUUCCUUAUUUAUUCAAUCAAACUCUUCGCUUGAUGUUUGUAAAUAUUUCAAAAGAAUAUAAUUAAUUUUUCUUUAUACUUAUAUAUGAAAAUAAGUAACCUUUUGAAGAAGAAUAGAUUUCAAAUUAAAAAACAGCAAUUUUAAAAUAUAGUAGUCAUAUUGAAGAUUAUUUUUUAUGA